AUCUCGGCGGGGACAUCGACGGCGUCGUCAUCAACGGGCGGCGCCAUCGGUCUCACGGCAGGCAGCGGCAAGGCGGUCGGCGGCGCCAUCACGCUCGCGGGCGGGGCGGCAACGCCGUCUGGUGCCGGUGGUGCUGUGACGCUACAAGCUGGCGCGGGUGCGACGCAAGGAAGUGUUCGUGUGCUCGACGCCUCGAGCAACGCACUGCUCACGAUCAGCGCUUCGGUCUUCACGGGCACAAGUGCGUCCAUGAGUCUGUCGAGUACGUCAACGAUGGCGUUGACAGCGUCCACAUCGGUCACGAUCACGGGCACGUCGACUGUCGUUGCUGGCGGGCACUUGCACGUCAGUGCCAACGACUUCCUCGUGACAUCCAACGGCGCGAAUCAAGUGUUUGUCGUCACAGCGGCCUCGGGCGCCGUGAGCAUUGCGGGCGACAUUACGCUCUCGAGCAACGUGGCGCAGAUCAUGCACUCGGGCUCGACAUCGCUCACGAUCACCUCGCCCAGUGUCAUUUUCACGGGCGGGUCUGUUGUGCUGGACGGCAGCGCGAGCACACCCGUGUCGUCGACGCCGUGCGCCAAAGGUACCAUCCAGUUUGAUGCGUCGUACGUCUACAUUUGCUCGUCGACCGACACGUGGCGCAAGGCGGCGCUCGCGCCCAUCUAACUCUUUUAUAUUUGCAUAUCCAAACAACAACAACAAUACAUGUAUUUCAUUUCC